AUGGCAAUCAUGACGAGAUCAACCAGGCUUUCAAGGCUGCUCAGCCUGACCUUCCUGGGUCUCUUUGCAUCUCUCCUCUCCACAGCCAGUGCAGGGACAACAAGCUACCCUUACCAAUUUAACCAUGUCGCCGUCACAGGGGGAGGCUACAUCACCGGCAUCAUCGCCCACCCCACAGAGGAAAACCUGCUGUACGUGCGAACGGACAUUGGCGGCGCCUACCGCUGGAACCAGGACGAGAACAAGUGGAUCCCAAUCACGGACUUCAUCAGCGCAGCCGACUCCAACCUCCUGGGCACCGAGUCUAUCGGCCUGGACCCUACCGACCCGGACCGGCUGUACCUGGCACAGGGGCGUUAUUUGACCAGCAAUAACAGCGCCUUCUUUGUCUCGACGGACCGCGGCGACACGUUUGAUGUUGUCCCCACGCCGUUCAUCAUGGGCUCCAACGAGCUGGGGCGGAACAAUGGCGAGCGUAUUGCCGUCAACCCCUUUCGGCCCAAAGAGGUCUGGUUCGGUAGCCGCACCGAAGGGCUGUGGAAGAGUGAGGACUAUGCAGCAACGUGGACCAAUGUGACGAGUAUUCCUGACGCAUUUGCGAAUACCAUGGGCAUCUAUUUUGUCCUCUUUGACCCGACCAAGAACGGCACCAUCUACAUUGGCGGCAGCACGCCCGGUGGUCUCUAUGUGACGGGAGACAAUGGACAGUCGUGGAAUCCGGUGCCGGGCCAGCCGACGACGUGGGAAAACUCGACGCUGGUGGAUGGGGAGCCGCCUCUCAGCACGGGACCACAGCCCAUGAAGGGCGUCCUAACUUCGGACGGGGCGACCUUGUACGUCACGUAUGCAGAUUUUCCUGGUCCGUAUGGAGUGCAGUAUGGAGUUGUGUACAAGUACGGGACCAAGGACUCGACCUGGACGAAUAUCACGCCUGGCGUGGGGAACAACAGCUACCCGCCGCCGUACGAGCCUCAGACUUGGCCGCCUGGAGGAUUCUGUGGGCUCAGCGUGGACUCAAAGGACCCGGAUACUCUGGUCGUGACCACCCUGGAUCGGGACCCUGGUCCAGCGCUCGAUAGCUUGUACCUCUCCCGAGACGGUGGCAAAUCCUGGAAGGACGUGGCCCAGCUGUCGUCGCCAAACGGCACAGGCGGCAACUGGGGCCACCCGAUCGCAGAGGCCGCACUGGACAACGGCACAGCAGUCCCCUGGCUCUCGUUUGACUAUGGCGAGGAGUGGGGUGGUUAUGGAGCCCCCUCUCGAAUCCCAGGGCUGACAAAGUUUGGCUGGUGGAUGAGCGCGCUGCUGAUGGACCCAAGCAACCCAGGACAUGUUCUGUACGGUACAGGUGCCACCAUCUGGUCGACUGACGACGUCUUCGCAGCAGAGCAGAAUGCGGCGCCGGGUUGGUAUAUUCAGGCGCAAGGUAUUGAGGAGACGGUCGCCCUGGCCAUGAUCAGCCCGUCCGAUGGACCAGCCCACCUUCUGAGCGGGUUUGGCGAUAUCAACGGCAUGGCUCAUGACGAUUUGUGGGUGCCACAGCCCAUGUUUGGUCUUCCUGCCUUUAGCAACCUCGAUAGUCUAGACUGGGCCGGCCAGAAGCCCUCCCUGGUGGCGAGAGUGGGCGACUGUGGGCUCAACUACAGCGUGUACGAUGCGUGUGGGCAAGGAACUUACUCGACGGAUUCGGGCCACAACUGGACCAUGUUUCCUGUGUGUGCGCCUGGGAUCAAUGAGACGACCACCACGGACGGGACCAUCACCAUCGACGCGUCGGGCGAAAUCUUUGUCUGGUCUACGCUCAUCACGGAGCAGGAGAACGGGCCUUGGUUCAGUUCCGAUGCUGGUGUCAGCUGGAGUGCCCCGACAGGCGACCUGAAUGUUCAGACGGAGUAUAUCAGCGCUGAUAGGGUCCAGGCCGGAACAUUCUACGCUUGUGACAGCGGGACAUUCUACAUCAGCACAGACGGAGGGAAGAGCUACAAUGGCUCGGUGGGCUCCUCGAUUGGUCUGCCUGCAGGCCAGUGUGCCCUGCCUGUGGUCAACUUCAACAAGGCGGGCGAACUCUGGCUUCCUCUGGGCUCGAACGGGCUGUACCACAGUAGUGAUUUUGGUAGCACCUGGGAGGCUGUUGGUCCGAGUGGUCUGGAGGCCGACUACUUCUCUGUCGGCAUGGCGGCGCCCUCUACAAACUCUACGGCUGUGACUCUGUUCUUAUGGGGACGGGUCGCCAGUUCAGGUGCUGACAGUGUGGAUGGGCUGUACAGGUCAGAUGACUCUGGCACCAGCUGGGCCCGAGUCAAUGAUGAUUCUCAUCAGUACGGCGGGCCUACCAUGAUACUGGGAGACCCACGGGUGUAUGGGCGUGUUUUCAUCGGUACAUCGGGUCGUGGCAUCAUCUUUGCUGAUAUUGCUGCUGGAUCUGCAUCCUCGAACGGCAGCGUGACGAAUGUUCCUGGCACAGCAGGUAUCUGA